AUGAAACAGGAAGUGGUUAGUGACACCGGUGCAGUGCUGAUUGUGCAGACUGACACUACUUUUCUCUGUCUUCUUAAACACUGAUCACCUGCUAAAGAGCUCGUUUCCUGUACCGACGCAUGGACACAGCUGCGUUCACACAGCAUGGGCUCGAGACUCAGAAAAAACCCUGAGCGGCCGUUCAACGUGUUCUUUGAGGCAACAUGUCCUGUAAACAAAGACAAAGAUCCGGGAGUACGUCUUCAGUUUCCGGAAGACUUUGGAGAUGAGGAGUCUUGUCAAACAUUGUCCAAGUUCUGCUUUCCCUACGACAUACAAAGGGCCAGGGAAGGGGUGGCUGUUCAGCACUUUACAUUUGUUCUCACCGAUCUUGAGGGAUGCCAACGCUUUGGUUUCUGUCGCCUCACCGGCAGUACCCAGACGUGCCUUUGCAUUCUCAGUCACCUUCCAUGGUUUGAGGUUUUUUAUAAAUAUCUUAAUACCCUGGCUGACCACAUCAAAAGGGAGCAGACCAAUGAGAUGAAAGCGAUACUCACUGCACUCUACAAGGAACCGAUGCCACUGACUGCUGAAUCUAUCACACUGCAAAUGAUUCCAUACUUCGUUGCUCCUGACUCCAGAAGUCUCCCAUCGAUUCCUGAAAAUAGGAACUUGACAGAGCUGAUUGUAGCAGUAGACGUUACGAACCUUCUGCAGCUCUACGCCAGCAUGCUGUUUGAAAGACGCAUCCUCAUAUUUGCCUGCAAAUUAAGUACUCUGACAUCUUGUGUACAUGCACUUGGCGCUCUGUUAUACCCAAUGCACUGGCAGCACAUCUUUAUCCCAGUUUUGCCACCUCACCUUCUGGACUAUUGCUGUGCACCAAUGCCGUACCUUAUCGGGGUUCACAGUAGUCUAGCUGAGAAGGUGAGGAGUAGAGGGUUAGAAGAAGUUGUCGUUUUGAAUGUGGAUACUAACACAUUGGAAAACCCCUUCAACGACCUUAAGAAGAUACCUUCUGAUGUGGCAUCCGAGCUGAAACUAUGUUUGAAGCGUCAGGCAGUGUCGGCUGGUUGUGGGGUUUCGCAAGCUUUUCUCAAGGCCCAGUCUGCGCUGUUUGGAGGAUACAAAGAUGCUCUGCAGAAUCAGAAGGGGGGUGAAAUCUGCUUCAAUAAGGAUUUGUUUUUGGAGCACAAGUCACCCAGUAUGAGGCAGUUUCUUCAAAGUGCCAUUCAUUUACAGUUUUUCAAGCAGUUUAUUGAUGGACGCCUAGACAUUCUGAAAACAGGGAAAGUACCAGGAGAUCUCUUUGAGGAGGAAAUCCUUAAUUGCGAAACAACAGGGAAGAAUAAAUCUUAUCAGCAACUGGUUGGUAAUUUAAAGAAAGGGGGAGGGGCAUUGAUCCUCAACAUGAAGUCCAAAACAAAUAAUUUUUGUGUUUUCCAGACCAAAGGUAUAAAAAGCAGGCUGAAAAAUAAGGCCUUGAAUGAAACACAUGCCAUUCAAAGAGGUGAAUCUGUGUCAUACCAUUGUGCUCAGUCCGACUGCCUGCAAAAUCGUCUGCCAAUCACACGUCACUAUGGAAUGCCUCGUCCCCGUCGGCCUGGUCACCAACUUAGUGGCACUCGAGGCAAGAGUACCACGACAGGUGGAGAUACAUGGAACAGUGAAACAUCUGAGCAAGUGGUCAAACUUGAAAAGGAUAAAGAGCAGGAGGAGGAAGAGUCAAUGCUAUGUGAUCUGGAGGAAAUGGAUCUUCUAGGAGAGAUCUUUGACACGCUCAGCACUCGCAGCUCACUUGACCGCGGCUUGUUGUAUGGCACACGUAGCCUAGAUCUGUUUGGCCCAGACAGUGAUGACUAUAUUACAAAGAUUGGUCAAGUCAAUCCCAGCCAAGAGAGCCUCCUCCUGUCCACGUGUGACAGCGACAGCCUUCACAGCUGGAAUCCAGACCAGUCAGACGAGGUGGUAACCUUAACCAAUAACUCGAACUUGCCACUUCACCCAAACAAGACUGACAUUGAUAAAUUACCAGAACAAGAGGUGCUGGAAAGCGCUGAAGAUAAACAAGAGGAAAGCAAAGUGGCAAUAGAUGUGAAUCAUAGCGUAGAAAUACUUAACAAAUGUAGUUCAAAGGAAGUCAUGUGUGAACCAGAAAACUGGAAAUUUGAGACUGAAAAUGUCACUUUAAAUCAUGGCCCAUUGAAGGAAACCACUGAGCAGCAUGAGGACGAAGAGUUAAAAAUCACAGACUGUAGUGAAAAUGCGAGUAGGAAUCCGGGACAACAUGACCAAAUAACAACAGCAGAAAUACAGAAAGAUGCAACAGCGGAAAGAAGUAAAAACAUUGGGCAGGAAAGUGAAGAAGUGGGCCACCAAAACCUCUUCGAGAUUAAUGAUGUUCAGAUAUGUCAGUCAUGUGAUUCAAAAACCUAUUUUGAUGCCAACAGCUACAUCAAACAUGAGGUAGGAAGCCCAACUCCUGUCAAGGUGUCGGAACUUAAAAAGCGGUUUGAAGCUCAAUGGAGUGACCAUACUGGCUGA